AUGAACACUGCGCAAUCCCUCCCACGAUUCCUGCUCCCGCGGUUAAGCUGGCAAGCUCCUCUUUCGCCCAACGUGCCCAGAACGAUUCCCUCCAUCCUCCUACAAGCUCACGAGCAACAAUCACGAACAUGGCAAUCCCUCUGCUCUUCGCGAUCAUUCCACUCGAGCCGGUCGACUGAUCAUGCCCAAUGUACCGCACCGAGCAAAAACAAUUUGAAGCCGCGAUCCCUUAACACCAUUGCGCGCAACCCGUCCCUAAGACGCUCAUUCCAUGCUUCCGCGGCACGAAGGCGCGACCACCACUUCGACACGCUCAAGUUCGUCCAGCGCCUACAAGAAGAUGGGUUUACAGAAGAGCAAUCGGUAGCAAUGAUGAAAGUCCUAAACGACGUAAUCGAAGAAAGCAUACAAAACCUGACCCGAACCAUGGUCCUCCGUGAAGAUGCCGCCAAAGCGACCUACACGCAAAAAGUCGACUUCGCCAAGCUGCGCAGCGAGCUGCUAUCGGCUGACAGCACCGAGUCCAAUUCCACGCGGGCGGCGCACGAGCGUCUGACCAACGACAUCGCCAAGCUCAACAGCCGGCUGCGCGACGAGAUCGGCCGCACGCAGGCUAGCGUCCGGCUCGACCUGAACCUCGAAAAGGGCCGCAUCCGCGAGGAGGCCGUGUCGCAGGAGCUCAAGAUCAAGGAGACGGAGACCAAGAUCGAGCAGGAGGUGGCGGCGCUGAGGCAGCAGUUGGAGCAGGUCAAGUUCCAGACGCUACAGUGGCUAAUGGGUGUUUGCACCGGUUUUGCCGCGCUGUUGCUUGGUGCUUGGCGUUUGUUGAUGUGA